GUGGAGUUGUGUGCGGGAACCAAUUGAGAUUAUCAGAAAUAAUCCAGUCCGACAGUCAAUUCAAUUAGUAAUAAAUAUUAUCAGUUGGUUUUUUUUUUAAUUUAGUUUAAGUUAGAUACAAAUCAUGAAUUCAUUCAUUUACAUUUUACUCGGAGUGACUGUGAGUGCGUCAGUGUCACAAGUCGAAAAUAACUGUCGAACACCAGCCCGCGAAAUUGGCAAAUGUGUCCCUAUAAGAGAGUGCUCUAUUCACAUGCAUUUGUUAAAGGAAUCACCAAGACCUUUUCCAGAAAGUAGAAAAAAAUAUAUAAUGGACAGCUACUGUGAUAUUAAAAAGAAAGCGUAUACUGUGUGCUGCGCCGCGAGACACAGACAGACAAACCAUGAGAUUGAAACACCAAUGAUAAUGGACCCAGACGACUACAGUCGACAUCCUUCAUUACGUUUAUUAGCAGAAUCACCUUGCGGAAGAACUGCAGAUGAUAAGAUAGCAUUCGGCGACGAUGCACCUUUAGCAGAGUUUCCAUGGAUUGUGCAACUGCAAUACAAAACCCCCAAAGGAUUGGAAGUUCGAUGCGGUGGAUCGCUCAUAAGCAAACGAUAUGUCCUUACUGCAGCACAUUGUGUUGAUAGAAAACAAGGAGCAGUGGUCUCUGUGCGACUGGGAGAACACGAUACUACCAAAGAUAUAGAUUGUGAUGAAAUUGAAUGCAUGCCACCUGUUCAGGAUAUUCCUGUCGAGAAAAUAAGGUUCCAUCCAAAAUUUAAUAGGUCCGACUUUAGUAAUGAUAUUGCAGUGAUCCGUCUGCGCCAUGAAGCCGAUUUAACAAGAGAUAAUAUUCUCCCAAUUUGUCUCCCAAUCAAGAAAACCUUGCACAAUAGGACUCCACACCAAGUGAUAAUAGCUGGUUGGGGCUUAACACAAAAGAAAAAGCCGUCAGCCAUCUUGCAGAAGGCAACUGUUCCCAUUGUUCCAAUUGAAGACUGCCGAUUCUUCUAUAACAAAUAUGCGCAUAUUACAUCAGCUCAAUUAUGUGCUGGUGUCGAAAAAGGAAUCGACAGCUGUCAAGGGGAUUCAGGCGCGCCAGUGUUUUUUACAGAUCCUCGAAAAGGAACCAAAUACAUUCAAUAUGGAGUGGUAUCAUUUGGUAAUGGAAAAUGUGGCAAUAUAGAUGAAUAUCCGGGAGUCUACACUCGUGUUUCGCAUUACAUGAAAUGGAUACUAGAUCAAAUGAGACCUUAAUUCACAUAUUGGUUACCUUCACUCUUGCCAUAUCGUUUUACGCCACAUAUUAGCAUUUUCAUUAAAUUAAAAUAUCAUCCAUAAUGAAUUAAAAAAAACGUAUACUCUCCACACAAAUAUAUUUUAAUUAAAUAUA